AUGGCCUAUGGGCAAACAGGCUCUGGAAAGACACACACGCUGAUAGGAGACAUCAGCAGUGGUCAGGAGAAGGGGCUGCUGGCGAGAGCAGUCAAUGAAAUUGCAGUGGGCGUGGCAGAGUGCACAGAUGACUGCUACUUUCAGGUGAACCUGUCGGUGGUGGAGAUCUACUGCGAGCGCAUCCGGGACCUGCUGAGCAGCGAAGCCGGCAGCGACAAUUUGGUGGUGCAGCAGGACCGCCAGCGAGGCGUCUGCAUUGCUGGCGCAACCCUGGUGCCCGUGCAGACAGAGAGGGAGCUGGUGGAGUUGAUGCAGCAGGGCAUAGCCAAGCGCACAGUCGCCAGGACUGGCAUGAAUGCUGCAAGCAGCCGCUCCCACUGCCUCGUCAUGCUUGCAAUUGAGAAGCACUGGCCCGACGGGAGCGUCGGCCACGGCAAGCUGUGCCUCGUGGACCUUGCAGGUUCUGAGAGGCAGGACCGCACCGGGGCGGAGGGGGUGACGUUCGAGGAGGGCAAGCUCAUCAACAAGUCCCUGUCAGCGCUGGGCAAUGUGGUCAAUGCUCUGACAGACGGCCGGUCCGCGCACAUCCCCUACCGCGACUCCAAGCUCACCCGCGCUCUGGCGGAUUGCCUGGGCGGCAACUCCAGGACUGCGCUGAUUGUGUGCUGCUCGCCCAGCAGCGACAACGCGGCCGAGACACUCUCCUCGCUGCGAUUCGGGGCACGCGCCAAGGGCGUUGUCAACACGCUGCAGGCACGCCCCUGUACUGCUUGA